UAUUGAUGCUCGUCCUUUCAGAGGAGGUGUUUGUUGCAAACUUUCGCGGAUGUGAACUUAGUCCGUCUUACUUUCUACAUGUAGUAAUUCCUAGACAACAUGGGGUGUUGCUGGAGCAACGAAGAUGAUAAAUAUGGCCAGAGUGAGCCAGACGAGACAACAGGUCUGCUGAGAAACCCCGUUGGCACAACUCAGACACGACCUAUUAUUGGGGAUGGUCUUUACAAUCCCCAGGCAGCUCAGGUGCCACUAAAAGGAGAUGAGCAAUCAGCACUGUCAAGGAUUUUGCACCAGACAGCAUCGAAUGUGAUUGAUGUUGCUGCGAUUGAUUCCCAACAGCUAGAACAUCAUGACUAUCAUGACAGAUCACGACAGUACAGUAACAGAAUAAACAUGGUGCUGAACAGGACAGGCCAACCGAAGACAUAUAAAACAUCACUGCCCAAUGGGAUAUCAGCCCCCCAAAGUGUCCUAGCUGCCCAGCCAAUCUCUCUAGCAGAUGUGCAAUUGAUAACAUCUGCAGCUGAAAGAGCCUCUAAGGCAUUGAAAGAUGUGAAAGUUGUCCACAAAGAGGAACUUGUUGUGCCCUUCGGAGAUCCUUGACACUGUGGGGAGUGAGAGAGAACCAUUCCUGUAUAUAAACUGAACUACCUGGGGGAGAGACAGAGAGAGGGAGAUAGAGUGUGUAACUGAGAGAGAGAAAGAGGACUUAUCAAAGUGUAUAUAACAGUGAAUUUGGCUCCAGAUAAUACUUCAUGUUGUGGCAUGCUUGCAUGCACUUAUGCAUGAUCAAGUCUAAGACAAAAAGUAACCAUUCUCUAACCAGCUUGUUGUUAAUAUCUAUUCACCUACGUUGUUCCACCAAACCUGUUUGUUGUGUCCACAUCUGGCCAGUUUUUCCACCUUGCCAUGGAACAGUGCUCUACCAUUGAGGCCAGUGUGCAGUCAAAUGAGUCUAGGAAGAAGACAAAAUCAGCCAAUGGCAUCCCAUUUCAGAAUAACAUUUGCAUCCCGAUUUUGUGUUGGUUGUAUGAUACCUGUGCUGCUAACGAACGAAUCCCAUUUUAAUUUACUACAUACAUGUGUAUUUAUUAGUUAAAGUCUUAGGCGUGCUGAUAUUAGCUUGGUACCACUGUAUCUUUUCUUUUUCAUGAGACUACCAUUUCUUGAUCAUUCUGACGGUUGAUGGAAUUCCAGAUGAUGUGAAUAUGGCGCAUGAUAAAUUUAAGGAUUUGUUGGGUAAAUCUGAAAUGAUGAAAUGGCCGGUGGUAUUCAAAUAAACAUGAUGAAGUAAUAUUUUGUCAGGUUUAAAAUUAUGAAUCAACUGGCGGCAUUGUAAAAAACAUGAUAAAUUUAAGGUGGGUCAGAUUUUGAGACGAAUUGGCUCACAGUGCUUUAAUAAAUGUAAUGCCCUUAAACAUGGUCAAAUUAGAGAAGCGAAACACUGCAAAGUACUUACAUGUUUAUGAUGUAUUAUAUUUUCUUUUCUUGUUUUUCACAUUACCAGAAGGUAAAAUCAACUUUCUGUACAGUUUGUCAUUUAUGCCCACCUCGAAGGGUUGUGUGUAUUUUUUUCAUAUCGUCAUUUUAUUAAAUAAGUAAUGCAUUAAGAGGGGCAGACAACUCAUACCAAGAACAAUAACUCCUGAACACUAUACCCCGGUGCCUACCAGUUGACUUCCUGCCAUAACAUCUGUUUAUAUUACUAUCACUGUUGAACCAAUUUUAGCUUCUAUGGCGAUUAUUUUCUCAGACGAGUGGAGAAAAGUCUACUGUAGGUAAAUUUCAUACUCUGUGGUUUUAAACUUGGAUCGCAUUUCGCAUAGUUUUUGAUAGUUUUUUUUUUCUUAUUUCGUGAGAUAAUAGUGCCAAAUCAUUUCCGGCCCAUGCAAUGCUCCAUGUUUUUUUUUUUUAAACGUAAAUUAUGGCUGUUUUGGACAGUCAGUGAGGUUGAAAUACUAUACUCGCAGAAUGCUUGUCACCUGGCGAAAUGUAAGAGCUUUAGAUUUUAUCUUCUUGUCGGUUCUGUUUUACUUAAAUAGACUGUCAGCUUUAAUAUUUCAAUUCCUUUAACAUUUUUCACUUACGUCAAUGCUGCCAUUAAAAUCGGUUGAAUUUUGCCCUUAUAAUACGGUAAAUAUUAUAAAACUGUGAUUUAUUGGAUUUUGUAAUGAAACAUACAUGAAAAUUGUCACUGAAUCUCCCUUUGAGGGAAGGCGACAGUAUGUGAACUUGAAACUUUCAGUACCAAGCCCGGAAAGGAUCCAUACUUGGCAAACUAGCUAUUAACAGUACUUCUCCCAUUAACAACUUCAAUACAAAUGAUCUUAGGCAAAUGGAACAGAAACGUCUGAUGAGUAAAAAGAAUGUAGGGGCGCCCUGCAGAGCAUUGGAUUUAGUUAAGGUUAUAUUUCUUCGCUCUACGCAACCACUGCAGUGUGCAGAGAACCUGUGUUGAAAAGUUAACGCGGACAAAUUCCGAGACGAAUGACUUUUGCAUAGCAGCAUGUGAUUGAUUAAUAGCCAACAACAUCUUCGUAAAAGCUACUACCACUGGACGAAAACGUCCGUCGUCAAGUGGAGGAGGACCGGGCCGAUCUGAGCCCAUUCACAGCAUUGAUCCUUGGUGCGUCACCAUU